UUGAAAGUGAUUUCGUAUUUCCCUGCACGUGUUCGGCGGAGUGUCUCAGCGGGCAUAGUAACCAUGACGAAAAUGGCGAUGAAUUUCGCACAUGCACCUCCGAAAAUAUUUUUUGGAGAAUAUUAAUUUUUUCGUGUAGCUAACAAAUUCGUUUGUUCUGUUUUUCAUCUUGAAAAAUCAGUUUGGCGUUGAUCAACUCAUGGACAAAAGCUGAAGGAGAAAUGAAAUCCUAAGAGCAGAUCUACAUUGGCCAACUUUUAUCUGACUGUUUCCUGCUUUCAGCCAUGCCUUCCUCCGUCCGUGCGCGGAAAGGCAAGGGCAAGAGAUGGGCCAAAGGUGGCAGUAGUAGCAGUAAUCCAGAGACGAAGAAGCACCGUGCUGCUGCUAGAACUGGCUUUCAUGCUUCAGGAAACCAGGGACAGCCCCAGUCGGCACUAACGGUGUCUGCACUUAGUCAGUUCAAUAAAGACAUCGCAGACUCUGAUGAUGAGCAGCCUAUUGAUAGCAGAUCAACUGGUGGAUUGUCGUGUGCCUCUCUCAUGUCCUGCUCUUUCGAUGGCACUGUGUUUGAGCAAGUGCAGCAAAAGUGGAAUUCGCCACACGCAAGCCACCGGGAGGCCUGUGCUGUAUUGGCUGCAAUCAGUGAGGUUGUGUCGUCAUCCAAGACAGGAGAGGUAGUCGAGACGGAGUACUUUGCCGCACUGAUGACUGCAUUGGAGAACACAGCAGAUUCCGACAGUGUGGCUGCCAUCGCUUACCUCCUCAGCCUGAUUAUUGAAAAGGUGCCAGAGAACAUCAUCAAGGCGAAGUUCUCCCUGGCAUCUCAAGUCUUCAUGUCUGCAGCUAAUCAGCACUCCGAGUCGGGAUCUUCAGCAUUUCACAGAGCAGUGGUGCGUUGUUUAGGCGUACUUCUCCGAGCACAAGAGGCCGCCGUGUGGUCAAACUCCUCUACACAGGCCGUCUUUCGGCUGCUGCUCAUCUAUUCUGCUGAUGCCCGGCCUAAGGUACGCAAGGGUGCACAGGAGUGGGUGGUCAAGAUUAUGAAGAAUGAGUUUGCCGGUACCACCCAGCCACCCUUCCACCCUGGCUGCUCGUCUCUGGCCAAAUUCUGCUCACAAGUCUUAGAAGACUCGAGAGGAACAGCUGGCUCAACACCAUCGCUUCAUGUUCUCCGUCUUCUACGAGACCUCCUUGGCCUUCUACCAAUACAGAGUGUCAAGAGUUUGUGUGAACAUAUCCUGCGUCUCAUGACAGUGGGAGAUGCGAUCAUGACAUCCCAAUCUAUGCACACCCUGCAUGGACUGUUUGCGUGCUCGCCGAAGGCUGCGACCCUUUCUGCUCAGCUGAACGGCCAGCUCAUCACGUCUCUGUAUGAGUAUCAGCCGCAUGUGAAUGAUGUGCAGCCGUGUCUGGCGUGGCUGGCCGUCAUGCAAGCCGCUCAUUCCAGUCUUGCACAGUUGGAUGCCAGACUUUGUACGAGUCACUUGCAGCGCGUUUGUGUUGCCGCAUACCAGUUCUUGCUGUCAGAAAAGAACUUGGUGCGCCAAGGUGCUGCUGAAUUCCUUGUGCUGCUUUUGCGGCAGUCUGCGUCAGUAUGUGUCCCCGUCAUGGCAUCACACCUCAGCACAGCGCCAGCUGGCACUGCAACCCAGGCGCAUCGUCUCUUCAAGUGCUUUGAAGCCGGUCUGCAGCAUCGCUACCAUGCCGCAUGGGACCUAACGUUGCAAGUUCUCGGCGUGGCCUUUGAGGUUUUGGGCAAAGAACUUCACUCAGUCAUGGCCAAGGGCAUCCGCUCACUCUGUGACCACUACGGCAUUCCAAACUUCCCGUACAAAAGGCAGCUGCAAGCCGCUGUUGCAGCAGCAGUAUCCACUAUUGGUCCUCGGAUAUUCCUGGAAGCUGUGCCGCUUGGCUUCGAGGAACAAGAAGUCAUGGUGGAAUUCCCUCGCGCCUGGUUGUUGCCUGUUUUCAAGACAGCCAUCAUGAACACUGAGCUGGAGUACUUCACCAGCUAUUUCCUGCCACUGGCAGCUAGGUUGCGUGCAACGGCAACGAAGCUGACCGAAGACAGCAAGCCCUUGGAGGCAUCUCUUUACAUUACAUUGCAGUCUCAGAUCUGGGACUUGUUGCCUGGUUUCUGCACUAAUGCCACCGAUCUGAAAACGUCUUUCCGUUCGAUCGCACGCAUUCUGGGCAAGGCUCUGCAGCAGCAGGAUGACCUGGUGCCCAAUAUCUGCACGGCGUUGAGGCAUGUUGUUGACACGGCGAGUAAGACGGAUGAGGUGAAGGCAGAGGUGGCCGAUAUGGCGAAAAACUUCAUACCAAUCCUGUUUGGCCUGGCGACUCGGGGCAUGGCAGAAAACGAAGCGGCUGCACCUCGCAAUGAGACGUACCGCCAAGCUGUGCUGGACUGUAUCCGUGCAUACUCGUCCGUAGCCCCUCCUCAGCUUCUGAAAACGUUUGGUGAUAAUAUUUGCAAGAAACUGAGCCAAGAGGAGCAGCCUGGACGGGUGAAACAAGCCCUUAUGGAUCUGGCCAUCGCAUUGGCAGCGCAUGCACCACCCAACGUCAUCUCCGUUUUCUUCCAAGUGGGAAUGCCGCACCUACAGAAUGCUCUCAGUGCAGCAAUGCAGAAGAAGGCGUUCCAGUUACUGGAGGUGAUGUGUGCCGAGUGUGGCGAGGAGUUCAUCAACACAAAUGUUGAAACAAUUCAGCGUCUUCUUGUAGAUUCGCAGGCAGUCACGUCAGCUGGUGCUAAGCGGCCGCGUCUCAAGUGCAUCCGCCACGUUGCUGGAAAGGUGACGACGGGCGGAGAGCAGUUCCUAACAGCCCUGCUGCCCGAGGUCAUUCUGUCCACUAAGGAGGUUAACGAAAAGACCAGGUUGCUCGGUCACAGCGUUCUCAACGAAAUGGCUAAAGCGGUGCAGCGCGUCACGAAUAAAUCGCUAGAAGACAGCACGGAAGACUUUCUGGUCAUGAUGAGCGGAGGCCUGGCAGGUUCGCCGCACAUGACGAGUGCUACGGUCAAUGCCAUUUCCAAGCUGGUCGUGCAGUUUCGCCACCACGUUGAAAGUGGCCUUUUGGAGCGGCUACUUGAUUUGUUGCCAACACUGCUGAUGAGUCGCCAUCGUGAAGUAGUCAAGUCCACUCUUAUCCUGGUCAAGGUGUUGAUUGGUGUUGUGGAGCGGGACCAGCUCAGGGAACAUCUUCAGACACUGAUCACAACGCUGCUGGGUUGGAGCUCGGAGAGCCAGAGCCACUUCCGCAUGAAGGCGAAGAUCGUCUUCGAGCGGCUGACACGCAAGUUUGGCUAUCCUGACGUGGCCAGGUACGUUCCAGCUAAGCACGCCAAGCUCAUUACCAACAUCCGCAAGACUGCAGAGCGUGCAAAGCGGAAGAAGGCAGAGAAGCGGGAUGCAGCUACUGAGGGUGCUUCCUCGAAAAAGAAGUCGAAGAAGGACGAGGAUGACAGCGAUGAUGGCCUGUUCAGUAGUGAUGAUGAAGGUGACCAAACCAUGGAUAUGGAUAUAUCUGAUCGCAACAGUGGAGCAUCCACUCGCCGGAAAGCUUGGAUUCAUGAAGGUGGCGAUGAUGACCCACUGGACUUGCUUGACCCGUCAUCCAGUCGAAAGGUUCUGGCAACAAAGCCACACGUCCCACGCCGUCAAGAGAAAGCAGGACUGCCAUUCGAGGUUCAAGACGGAAAGAUGGUGAUUGAUGAUGACGAUGAUGGUGGCCAGCCUGCUAUGGAUGGUGAAGGAGCAGACAGUCUUGAGACGAGCCCAUGGGGUGCAGCAAAGGGAACGAAGCGUCGUCGCAACAAGGAUGAAGAUAUGGAUGAGGAUGAUGAAGAUGAUGCCGUCCGAGGGGGUGGCAGCGGUAUUCACCGACGUAUGCCUGCCAAGCGUGGCAAAGACUCUGCCCCUGGUACUAGCUCUGGUAAAGAGUAUAGAGCUAAGAAGGCUGGCGGUGACAUAAAGAAGAAGGACAAGCAUGACCCGUAUGCCUAUCUGCCACUUAGCUUCAACAUGCUGAAUAGACGGAAACGAGCCAAGGCAGCUGGAGUGUACAAAGGCUUGGCAAAGGCGGCUGGAAAAGGCGGUGCAACUGGUGUAAAAUCGAGAGCCAAGGCGAGAAGGUGAUAGAUAAUUGUGUCUGCAGCACGUAGGAUGUACAGUAGUAACCUUUCUUACUAGUUUCACGCUAUCGUUUUCUCUCAUGCAAACAUUGUACAUAAUAUAAACGCUGAACUAACUUGUACAUACUGAAGUAGAGUUUUCUUUCUUCCUUUAAUACUCUCUUGGCAGACAACUUACUUGUCUUUUCUAGAGACUAUGACCAUGGCAGCGUGUGGCUGUUUUCAAUCGCCAGGUCGUUUGCUGUGUCCCUUGGUUAACAUGAAAGACUUAUGUUGGCCACGAUGCAGGAAUUAUUCCGCCAUGUGUGGGAAAGUUAUGCAAAUCUUCUCAAAGGUGGUGCAAUUUUUUAACUCAUGAUGAUCAGAUAAAAGACUUGCGCACUCCAUAGCGCAUGAUUUAUUCCGCUGUGGGCAGGAAAGUUGAACAAGCCUUCUGUAAUGUGA